AAGAGUGUACGGAUUUCAAUGGCGAGGCAUUGCCGCAUCUACCCGGACAUGUCAUAGGUCUUUUUUACAUUUGCGUCUGACCCUUUUUUCACUUCAAAGCAACCAGGCUUGCUUUUCUAUCAAACGUUACUCAAUUCGCUAAAAAGCUAAGAAGAUCUUGGCUCUACUAUAAGAAGGGCUCUUUCUACCACAUCUCUCUUGCUCUUCUCCACACCCACCCCUACGCUCACACAGACACCGUUUCCCCUAGACACCUUUCACGCUGCACCACUCUCUCCAAAGUCCCUCAUUUCAGCACCACAUCCAAUGCCCCCCAACAUAUCAUUCCACCUCCUACCAAAACCCCCUCUCUUCACCCCCAACCCCACCCUCUGGCCGUCCCUCCAGCAGAAAGUCGAAGGUUUCCGCUCGCUCGCGCAUUCGGAGUCGCCAGCGGAAUGGGAAGCUCAGGAAGAGCGGUCGGGGGCAACACGGGAAUGGGAUAGGAGGAGGAGACUAGGUUUGGAGAGCUGGGUGUUUGUUGCGGUAGAGCAACCGAACAAAAACAUCGACAAAGACCAAGAUAGGGAUGGGAAUAACAACGAGGACGAUGUGGCAAGCCAAGAGCGUGUGAGAAAGUCAGAUAUAGUUCUAGAAGACGCUGAAGCUGAUGCUUCUAACCUCCCUUUCCCCGACGACGUAGUCGGACAGGGAGUAAAGGAAGGGUCAACCCAAAGCUCUCAAGACGAUGAGGCUAAGGCUGAGGAGUUCCCUGUCUUUGACGAUGAAGCCCCAGGACACGGUGGCAUGGAAAUAUCGACCCAAGACCUCCCAGCCGACAAAGUUUCCGACGAUGAAGGACCAGGGUAUUCGGAUUUAGAAGACUCUAGUACAACUAUACAAGCCACCAAGACUGACCCCACCGAGCGGCUUAUCCUCGAUAAUGAAGGAUUGGAGCAGGCAGAUAUGGAAGCGUUAGGUUCUACAUUGGGAAAUGAGGAGGAUGACGAGGCUUGGAACGAGGCUGAGGCUGAAGAGAUGGCAACACUCCUUCACGGCGAAUGGAUCGGCACACUCAACCUCAUCGGCCCGCAAGACAAUGGUUCUGGAGGUAAUAACGCGGAGGCAUACUGGGAGUACGAGAUCAAGUCGCUUUUUGUGCUGCCUGGUAAGAGAAGGCAAGGGGUCGGAGGAGGGAUGCUUCAGAAGGCGAUAAAGGAAGGGAUAAGUACGUGUGGAAAGAGGGGCCACGGCAGGGUGAAGUUCAGUGUGGAUAUCAAGGAGUGGGAAGAAGGGGAUAGGGAGCAAGUUAAGGAGUGGUUUAGACGUGCGGGCUUUGAGGUGGGAACGAGAAUGUGAGAGGGCACUUGGAGAGGUGGGUAGAGUAUGUGGAGAGCCAAGAGGGCGUUUGCGUAGUAAAUUGACAUUGGAGUAUGAGAGGGCUAUGGCAUUCGAUAUUCGAGCGAGCGAGGUUUAGCACGGGGUUGUAGUAGAUAUAUUCCCCUUAUUUCACAACAUCGUUGACUGUCCGAAUCUCUACCUCUCUAUUUCUCGUUCCAUUCUCACUAUACAAUCUACCUCCUUCACUGCCAGAAAUCUAAUGCAUUCAUAUUACCUACUCACCCUAUCAUUAGCGGCCUAAUACUGAUUAGCGAGAGUAUAUGCUGACAAUCAUCGAAAUAUAAAGGUGAUGGAGAUCAUCAUCACGAACGACCAAAGCCUAGUUAGUAAUUUGUCGAGCAAAGCGUGGAGCCUAGUCAGUAAUCCGUUGAUCGAAGCAGCUUGUCGACCUCCAAACCCUAGUUAGCAAAUGGUCG